AUGGAGCUCUGUGCGGUUGAGGUUGUGGUGGGUCGGUUUGAUAGAUUUGAUCCGGUGUUGCCUGCCGUGUUGGCCGACGCCCGGGCUGUGGUUUUCCGAUUUUUGCAGUUCGAGCCGGUCAUAUUGCCCUUGAACCAUGGCUUGGGACGCAAGCACGACAGCCUUGAUCAGGGCCAGCUCUGCUACUUUGAGAGCUGUGAGGCCGACUUAGACCGUCUCUUGCCUGCCCUGCCCCUAUACCUGGCCCUGGUAGAUGGUCAACAUGCUGCCCUGGCCUCCUCCGCCGUGCAGCUUGGCCCGCUAUGGUUGCAUCGUCCCGAGUCCAUGUUCCUCGAGCACAAAGGACGAGCCACUAUGUUGAGUUUGAAUGGCCACGCGCUGGGCACCCUCUCCAUUAUUUGUCGCAUCCGCCGCUUGGGGCCCCAUGCUCUGUCCCACCGCCCUUUUCCUUCGGCACCCUCUGGCUCCUCGGCCCCUCGGCAGGAAUCUGCGCCAGCGCCUCGCACAUCCCCGUCACCGACCGCGCAACAAGCCACCCCACACUGGACAGAAAGGCUUGAUAUCACCCCUGGGCCAGUCCUGGACCUUAUCGAGACGAAAACCGCUGACGACGAGUGGCAGCCACCAGCGCUCAUCUUUCACCGAGGCAUCAUGCCGGAUCCGGCUCCAGCUGCACCAUCCAAACGCAUCUCUCAAAGCGAUCGCACACACCUUGGGGAUGCCGGUCUGACAAACCCUGUGAGCCAUGCCAUCCGUUCAACUGCUCAACCAAAUAUGGACGCGUCCAAGCCCUUUACCUUGAGUGGGGAGGCCGCCUCAGGCCCUGGCCCUUCGACCUUCCUGCACCAGCUCUAUUGCGAGUUGGGACAGUUUUUCCUCCAACGCGGGCCAGCACCAACGCACACACAGGCCGCAGAUGCUUUGGCCUCUGGUCAGCCCGAAUCUGUACCCGAUCCAAAGGAAGGAUGGCCCAUGCCUCAGUACUCCGCGACACACUCGGAUAUUUUGCCUCGGCCAGAUAUGCAACCUGUAAGCUGUGUGUCAGAUUCAAUCCAAGUCACCGGCUUGGAACAGAAGUGGGAGGUCCACGGCAGUCCAGACUCUAGCGAUGCUGAUGAAGAGCCGCCAGCCGUCAAAGCAAUGCAGUCCCCGCGUGACCUAACCCGCACUACGCCGCGCCACAGUCGUGCUGCCCAAGUCGCUCGCGCACAGCACCGCCAGGCUCAUGAAGGCCCUUCCUCAAAUCUGCGCUCAAGAGGCUCACAAUCUCUGGCAACCGAGGGCCCAAAGUCCCCAGACACGCUAGCAAUCGCUCGACAGUCCCUUCUGCGGGCUCGGCAAGAGGCCAAGGCUUUGCGUCAAUCAGAGCUUGACCAACGCCGCGCCGAGCAAGCACAUGAGGUUGCGCAGCGCCAGGAGUCAUUCCAGCCAGGCAUUCUCAAAGAAAAGUCCUGGCAAGCUCAGUCCAUCCGAAUGCCCGCCACGCCGGCACCAGUAGCGCGAAAAGAGCCGUCACGGCCUGAGGCAGUCGAAAGCAAAAUUGCUCGGUCCUCUCGGCCGAUCCAACGGCCCAUUGCUGCCUUACGGCCCCCGGUAACGCCAGUGCGCCUGAGCCACGCUCAAGUCCUUCGUGAGGCCACAACACGAGGAGAAAUCAAGGUUGGUUUUUUUCUAGGCUUGGCACAGAAAGGCCUCGACGCUUGGAGGAAGGACAAGAACCUGGCUCACAUGCACUGCAUUGAACUUAAUGGAUGGGAUAGUCGCCAAUGCGGGACACGUUUGGUAGGCCUCACACGCACACGGACAGACACCCUGAUACGAGCCAAAGCACCACGAUUCCGCGUCCACUUUCCCCGCCGCACGGCUGCUUCGCGAUAUCAAAAUGUGCGCCGUACGCUCAGCAUCGAGAGUGAUGAUGAAGAGCCACCAGCGUCCGAUGCACCCCUUGACAGACUCGAAAAUUUACCACUGGCUGCACGCGCACUCUCGCCUAUGAACGAGGUCACUACCCCAGCCUCGCCCGUUGCUCCAACCAAUACGCAUGCUGUUUCUAGAGCUGAAAGCUCUGUUGAAGUUUCAGACGUGAUUACCCAGCAGCACGUGGGCGAAAGCUCAGACUCGCGUACCGAAUCUCACGCUGAGGGGUCUGCCUCACCUGUCUUGAGAACGACGGCGCGAUACGAUGAAAGUGAAGAGGAGAGCAGUGAGUCAUCUAACAGCAAUACGACUGCCAACACAGCGGCAGCAGAGGACGCUUCCCCCACCCUGCCUGCUGCCCACCAAACACAGUCACCGUUCGAGGCGGAUGACGGUAGUAACGACGACGCCGAGUCGCGGAGCGUUUCGGGUGCCAGCCUCUCGGAGACCGUGGCUAAGAAAGAAGAAUACAAAGAGGCAGAGGACGCCGAAGCUGUGCCGCUUGCACGGCAGCCCAUCGUGGCAGCCCCACAACCGGCAUCUUUGCAACCCGAUGAAUUCGACCCCUUUGCGUCGACUAGUAGCGAGGGCUCUUUGGAAGCAUGCGAGGAUCGACGUUACCCCACCACAUCGGCGUCUAGCUCAGAGGAGGACGCUCGCUUUGAUUCAGGUGCCAACCCCACGCGGCUGCAUCGCCGUCGCUCAUCCACGGCAUCGCAAGCGGCAGCUCCAUUUUCUGCAUCAGACACAUUGCGCUCACUGGAAUCUUUGGCACGGAGCCGCCCGCACACAGCUGUGGCACAAGAUGAAGCAAACUAUGAGGACGAUCUGCGGGCUUCACAAUGGCUAGCUGCCCUGACCCCAUCCGGUACGUCUUCACUGAACGCCGGAGCGACCGUGCGCCAACAGCCAGUCUCAGCACCGUCGGCGACGAACGCCUUGGAUAGCUGGCGCAAUGGGCAAGCCAUCAAUGAUUCUGAAAAUGGCGAUCAGCCGUCAAAUGCCAAUCCCGACCAUGCCAAAGAACACGGUGCUAAUGACCAUGACCAUGAUGAUGAUGAUGAUGACGAUGAUGAUGACGAUGACAUUCUGGCCCAGAUCGCAAAAAUGCGAGCCUCGCUACGAUAA